CGUCGGCAGCAACGCUAGUGAUGGCUGUGAUCUCGAUCGUGUGCUACGCGGGCGGCUACAACAUCACCUAUCAGCUGGCCUCCGAAAUAUUUCCCACCGAGAUACGAGGCCGGGGAGUUCUGAUCAAGCGGCUCUUCGGCGACAUCGGCAGCUGCCUGGGUGCGGACGUCGCUUACCUGGUGGAGUACGAUCGGUACCUGCCGUUGCUGGUGAUGGGCGUCUUGUCGCUGCUGGCUGCGCUUCUGCUCUUCUUCGUGCCAGACACAGUGCACGAACCGUUGCCACAGACAAUCGAGGAUGGCGAGGAGUUCGCAAAAGACCAGGGGCUCUGCUUUUGUCCCGUGCUCGUCACCAGGUUACCAGACCGACAAGACAAGGAGAUGGGCGACAAAUCGAAUGGAGAGCCCGUCAAGGACCAGGAAAUCGUUACGCACUUGUAGAAGUACAAGCGAGCAACCACUUCAUCGCCAAUGACAUACCCAUGUUGGGAAAA